AUGUCUGACACCGAAGACGACCCCGUCGUCGCUUCCUACGACGUCUUCCUCACGGAUUCGGACAUCUCUCGCUAUGUCUUCCAAUACCUUGAUCGACAUGUCGACCUUCCUUACAAUGAGAGCAACAACCAAUGUCCCAUAUCGCUCAAAAUGAAGCCCGAAACUGGUCUGGUCGAGGUUGAUAUCCCGAUCAGCACCCGCUCGAACUACGACGUGAACAAGGGCUUGCGCUACGGCGAAGCAGUAAAGAAGAGUCGUUCUGCGCGGGACGGUGGCUCUUAUGGAAUGUCUGGCGGAUUCACCGCUGGCAGUGGUGCAGCGGGCACGGGCGGAAGAAUGAAGACAGAACCCGGCGGCGACGUGGAAGUGUUGGAUAAUAAGAGGGUGGUUGACUCGAAUGCGUUGAUGCGAACACAAGCACUCGCCGGUCGAGUAAAGCCCGCGGAAGAAGGCGAUCCAGUUUAUAUGCUGGCUACAUUCAAAGAUAAAAACUUGCAUCUGUCUCCCAUUUCAUCCGUUGUCCAAUUCCAUCCACAACUUCACCAUCUGGAUGCACUCGAUGAAAUGCCAAAGGCGAAAGGCCUGCGCGGGAAAAAGGAUGACGACGAGCGUCCUGCUCCCGAGACCGAGGCACGCGCAAUUGAUAUUAAGGUUAAGGCUGCUGAGGAUGGCGAAACGACCCAGACUGCGGGUAAUUUGGAUAUUCUCAAGCAGAUGCAAGAAGAGAAGUGGACGAAGUAUGGCUGGAUUGAUGCCGAGACGGAGGAAUCGUGGUACACAUAUGAGAGCUUUAUGCUUUAUGACGAAAGCAUUGGCCCUCAAACCCUGGAAGCUAGCCUUGAUUCGGAAGAGUACCUGGAUAAAAUGAGUGCUCCGAGAAUCGAUCCUGCACGUCCGGAUCUGACUGGAUGGGCUAUGAAGGAGAACCGAAAGAGACAGAGAGAAGCCCAAGGCGCAAAGGGAGACCAAUGA